UGUCUAUUUUACUUUCAUCAAUUACUACAAUAACCUUUCUUCUCACUUCUCUUGUGAUUUCUUUCAUCACAAGGUAAAGAAGCCAUUAUGCAGAGCUUGCAGAGAAAACAUGUCCUGAUAACAGGAGGCUCUAGUGGUAUUGGCCUUGAGAUUGCCAAGGAAGCAAUUUUGCAAGGUGCUUAUGUAACCUUGGUGGCAAGGGAUUCAUGUAAACUUCUCAAGGCCUCUGAUGAAAUAACAAGGGAAGAACAGUGUGAAAAGGAUAGGAUCAAUAUCAAGGUUGCAGAUGUAAGUGAUUAUGAAGCCAUUUACAGAGUCAUCCAUGAAGCUUUUCAUUGGAGGCCAGUUGACAUACUUGUCUGCAAUGCUGGUGUGACCAAGAUUUCAUAUCUUGAACAAGUUCCCAUUGAAAAAGUUGCUGCAACAGUUGGGACAAACUUAACUGGCACACUCUACACACUCCAUGCAGCUCUUCCACUGAUGAAGCAGAGAAGCAGCCAUUGCCAUGGGUCUGCCAUUGUGCUCAUGGGUUCACUUGCUUCCCUGUACCCUUUGUAUGGGAGUGGGAUUUACACCAGCACCAAAUAUGCUCUCAGAGGUCUUGCAGAAAGUCUCAGGCUUGAGCUGUUUCCAUACAAAAUUGGAGUGUCUCUUGUCUGUCCAGGAACUGUAGAAACUCAGAUGCUAAAUGAAGUGGAAGAUUGCAGGUCAGAUCCUAAAUUUUCUUACAUAAAAGAUAAGACCAGCUUCUACAAUAGGAGUCGAGCAGAGGAUCCAAGAGAUGUAGCCAAAGCUACUCUGAAAGCUGCCAAACAUGGCAAGUUUUUGGCUGCAACCAGCCUUAAGGGGCAUGUGCUGGGCAUUUUAUCUCCUGGGUUAUUGCCUGCUGAUUCCAUUUUGAAAGGGGUCGUUGAAUUGAUUAUGUUUAUACCUGUAAGACUAGCAAGCUAUAUGAUCUCUGCAUAUAUCUUUGCUGUCAUUUGGUGGAAUCAUGGAUGUCAUGAUUCAAAGUUCAAGUCACAGAAGUAGUGUGAGGGGUGCCUAAUGUGGUAAUGGUUGAUAGGUGCAAAUAUCUAUAAUUUUAUUAGUAAGUACACAUAUUUAUUAUUUUAUUAGCAAGUAGGAGAUUUUUUUUUUUUUAAUUAGAGAAUUCUAAACAAAUGUUUAAAUGUUCAAUAGGUACAAAUAUUUAUGAUCUUAUAAGUACUGUUUA